AUGGUUAGGGUUGCAGUCUUUCCCACUCCCGACCCCCUUCCUACAUAUCACAUCGACGUAAGCGCUUCCACCGAUGCAGGAGCCAUGAAGGUACAUGUGAAGAACUUCUCCGACUUAGGUCCGAGCAGUGCUUUGGGCUUGACGGUCCAACGAUGGCAUCCCUACCUUAUGGUGUCCUCUCGCACAUCUUCGAUGAGCUCGGCCCUCGUGACCUCGCUUCAGCCAGCUGCGUCUGCCGGGCAUGGCGCCGGCUGGUCGCCCUUGAAGGCGCUGCGAACCAGCUCGCCGGAGAUGCGGUGGCAGUGGGCGUACGGCACCAAGAUGUUGCGGCUUCGGAGCUGGUCCGGCCGGUACAGCGCGGACCAAGUAAUGGGCCACAAGCUGGCUGUACGAGCUGUACGGCUGUUGCCAGCGUGCGACCUCAUGGCCACUGCUUCCCUGGACCGAACUGUUCGUCUUUGGGAUCUUCGUUCUGGGCUGCCGUUGGGGCACAGCCGACCGCACGGGGGAACCGUACGAUGCCUGGCUCUCGACACGGGGCUUCUGGCUUCUGGAAGUUCCGAUAGCCUGGUAAGAGUUUGGCGGCCCGGGUUUCGGGGCGACGGCGUCAGCGGAAGCGGAGGGCUCGCGGAAGCGGAGGCGCCACCGCUGUUUUCAAUCUCGUCCAAGCCGUACAUCUUGCGCGGCCACGGCGGCCCCGUGUCGUGCCUCGCGUUGGACGAGUCGCUGGCGGCGCCGGAGGUGUACGGGCGGGAUGCGUACGGUGGGACGCUGUUCUCUGGGUCGUGGGAUUGUACGGUGCGGGUCUGGCGGCAGGCCACGGAAAGCAGCGACGGCGACGGCAGUGGCGGCGCCGCCGAUGGCGACAUCUCGGAUUGCAGCGGCGGCGGAGCUACCACCGCUGCAGGCAGUAGCGGCGACGAAAGGAGCUCUGGUGACGCCGGCGGCAGCGACGCCGCCGCUUCCGCCGCCAGUCGCCCCCGUCGGGCGGGGUCAAGGGACACGGAGGACGGUGGCUGGUCUUGUGCCGGCGUCUUGCAGUACAGUGACUGGGUGUACUGCUGCGCCGUGCGUGGCGGCAAUUUGCUGGUGGCAGCGGGCAGUGAGGUGGUGGUAACAGACGCGACGACGGGCCGAGCUGUACGGCGAUUUGCUGACGUACACGACGGCGCGGCGGUGGCGUGCCUUGAGGGCUGCCGCUCGGGCCAGCUUCUAUUCACCGGCAGCGGGGAUGGUCUACUUCUGGCACAUGACCUCAGACUUAAGCAGGGUUCCCGGGUGCUGUGGCACCACAAUGCGGCGGUCACCGGACUCGCGUUUGAGGACCCCUGGCUGGCCUCGUCAUCAGCAGACGGCUGUGUCAUACUGCAGGAUAGCGAGCAGGCUCUCUCCGCGGGCGGUGGCAGUCCGCAACGCGCCUUCAGUUCCAGCUGUCGGGCGCUGCACUGCCCACCUGGCCAACCGGCGCUGUGCCUGGAUCUCGCGGAUCAGUGGCUAGCGGCAGGUACGGAGAGCGGUGUUGUACGGCUUUGGGAUUUUACCGGCGCUGCCGCGGCGGCGGAACGUGCCGCCGCCGCUAGGGCGGCGCGAAGCGCCUCCAAGGCUGCUAAAGCGGCCGCUCGCCAACAGCACCACCAGCAACACCAGCAGCAACAUCACGAGCGCGGAAGCGGUGCCAGGCACCAGCACCAGCAGCAGCAACGUCCGCAACAGUACCAUGGUCAGCAGCCGCUUCUUGUUCUCCAUCAUCGUCAUCAUCACCAGCAACAUUACCACCACCAGCAGGCUGUCACUGUCGACCUACAGCAGCCACCGAAGCCGCAGCAGCAGACACAGACAAAGUGCGAGACGGCGGAGGCAUUGCACCGCGACAGCACCAGCAGCGGUGGUGGUGGGAGUGGUGACGGUGGUGGUGGUGGGAGUGGUGACGGUGGUGGUGGCCUGUUACGGGAGUCUUUGAGGGCGACGGCGGCGGCGGCGGCCUUGGUGGAGGGAUCAACCGCCUCAGGGGAUGCAGAACCCGUUGCAGUUACCACUGCUGGCCCGGAGCAAGCCGGAAGAGGCAGGAGAGGCAGUGGCGGCGGCGGCGUUGGUGGUGCUAACGACGCGCCGUCGUCGUCGGCGCGGCGCGGGGGAGGCCGCGCUGCCGCCGCUGCCGCAGGAGGCGGCGGCGGCGGUUAUAAUGACCGUUGGCAUCACGGCGGCGGAGGCAGCUCGUACGGCUGUCACGCAUAUAACGGCGUAGUCUUCUCAACUUCGAAGGCACGCGCUCCGAAACCGCCGCCACCGCCGCCGUUGGUGGCUCCCACAUUUCGUUAUGUAGGCAGCGGCGCCGGCGGCGGCAGCGGGACCAGUGGUUUCGGAGGAGGACGCGGCGGUUACGGAGCGGCGUCGGGUAUGGCGGCCAUUUCGGGUCAUUUUGGAAAUCACCGCAUGCAUCUGCAGCAGAGGCCGCCAUUGCAGCAGCAGCAGCAGCGGUAG